CACGGCGAGUCUGCCCAUUGGCCGAACGGGGGCGAUGGUGGAAAACGACCCAGAGUAAACGGACGGCAAAGAGGGUUUCGUGCCGAGCAAUCAUCGUUUCGCUGGCUCAGCAUGAUGGCUAUUAUUAUAGAGGGAAGAUUCCUUGGAUGUUUGUUCAGAGAGAAGCUCAGUUACGUGAAGUCCACAAUCUUUGAGCUCCAGAUCCGUCGACCCGUUCUAUCCACUUAAGCACAAUCGCACCAACAUCAUCGCGAUAGACCAACCCACGCAAUGACAGACUGGGCUCAUGUCUCCAACCCCCAGCGGCUCGACAAGACCGCCGAGCUCAACGCCGCCGAGUGCGUCCGAAACCUCUCCAACUGGGCGCAUGCAGUCGACGAAAUCGCGACGUGGCCCGAGUACAGUCCUCAGCCGCUGCACUCCAUGAACAACACAGCGAGAAGCCUGAAGCUUGCGAACCUAUUCGUGAAAGACGAAAGCACCCGAUUUGGAACCGGUCUCGGCUCGUUCAAAGCUCUUGGGGCGCCGUACGCCGUGUUCCGGAUCCUGGCCGACGAGGUAUUCGCAAAGACUGGCGUGCGACCGACGUCCGCAGAGCUGCGGACGGGCACAUACAAGGCCAUCACGGAGCGGGUCACCGUCUGUGUGGCCACGGAUGGCAACCAGGGCCGGGGACUCGCCUACGGGGCCAAGGUCUUCGGGUGUCGGUGUGUCGACUACAUCCACAGCCACGUCAGCGAGGGCCGCGCCGAGGCCAUGAAAGACUUGGGAGCCAUUGUGAUCCGCAUUGACGGCGAGUACGAGGCCUCCGUGGAACGCGCCAAGGAGGAUGCGCGCAUGAACGGAUGGCAUUUCGUCAGCAGUACCUCGUGGAGCGACUUUGACGGCGGGAUCCCGCAGAAUGUGAUGAAUGCAUAUAUGGUGGUGGUCGAGGAGGCCCUUCGCAUGCUCCCUGCGGAAGCGGCGAUUUCGCACGUCUUCGUUUGUGGGGGAGUGGGCAGUAUCGCGGCUGCCGUGUUCCUGGGGUUCAUGCUUCGGCACCAGAGCCUCACGCAGACGGGCGGCACUCUUGCAUCACCGCCUCGAUUUGUGGUCGUGGAGCCACGGGAGGCGGAUUGCCUCCUCCAGAGCGCCCGUCAAGGUGCUCCUGUCCAGUCGGAGGGGAGUCUGCGAACGCUGAUGGCCGGCCUAGCGUGUCGUGCACCCUCGCCAGCCGCCUGGAAGGUUCUGUCGUGGCUGACCAGCGAUUUCGUCUCCGUUCCGGAUACGGUGGCUGUACAGGGAAUGAAGUAUCUGGCCAGCCCGGCGACCGGUGACGUGCCGGUGGUCUGCGGCGAGUCGUCAGCCGCCAACAUGGGCGUCUUGUUGCAAGCUGGGGCUGAUGACGGGCUACGUGAGAGACUUGGUUUGGAUGAGAACAGCCAGGUGAUGAUCUUCAAUCUGGAGGGAGCUACGGAUCCUAAGAUUUUUGAGGAGCUUGUUGGAAAAUCGCCUCAAGCAGUAUUUGCUGCCCAGUCCUCUUUCCCGAGCGCGUAG